CAGCGCUGUUCCGGUUAAGUUUUAUCUGCGCGCGCAAAUAGAUUCCACUGAAUACAAAAAAAAACUUCACGGUGACACGCGAGAAAAAAAACGUACGUGCAUUUUUAAAAAAAAAUCGAUUUCGGAUGAUUACUGCAUUUUAAACCGGUUUCAAUUUGCUAAACAUCCUCAUAAACAAUGGGCUCAAACCAUUCCCGCAGAACCUCCGUCUGCGGCGCGUUCGCCUGAUGCGCAGCGCCUCCCCAACUGAACUGGUCCCUCACUUUGACAAAUUCCUGGACGUGAGCGGGUCUGCCGAACGUUUCCCUCUUCGCUAUGAUGGUACCUUGAAUAUUUUAGGAGUUGGGUAGCUCUGCCGAACCUUUUCAUCGCCACCAGGCUGCCAGACUGGAAGAAUACAAUGGGACUGUGGACGUUUUGGAGUUUUUUUCCUGUGGCGUUCGUGCUGCUUUUUCCCGUUCACCCCAAGUUUGUGGCUCAAGCGGAAAUAAGUUCUCCCAGAACAAACGACCGAUUUUAUCGGCUGGAUGUGGCGCCGUUGGAAUCAUGUCUAACACCGCAGUCAAAGAAAGAGCUUGUGACAUUCAGCGUUCCUUCUUUUGAAACGGAACCGGUGGCUGAGUCGAAACCGGACGAAGAAAAGCAACUGGGCAGCGAGACAGAGAAUGGAUUUGGAGACGAUGCGCACGCUGGCGUCAAAGCGGCACCAAACUACCCGAACCGUUCGAAAACACCUGUUCAAAAGUACAGAAACCUAUCGGAGGAUCCCCGAGGACGCCCUACUUCGAACAGAAUGUCCGAUCCCGCAAUUCCUAUAAUAAAAAAAGAGGUCAAAAGGAGCGUGGAAACAACAUACAGCGAGAAUUUGGAUAGCGGAGAACUAGAAACGCAGAGGGAGAGGUUUGUGGAGACCGUCCAGGGUGGUUCCAGCUCCAGAGCCGAGUACCGGCGCGCCACGGAGGACGCCAGGGGGUCCGACCCGAAGCAAAGUGAACCUCACCUGGACGCGUCCACUUUUGCGUUGUCGGGCGACUCUGCGCACAACCAGGCGAUGGUGCACUGGUCCGGACACAACAGCAGCGUGAUCCUCAUCCUGACGAAGCUGUACGACUUCAACCUGGGCGCCGUUACCGAGAGCUCGCUGUGGAGAUCCACUGAUUACGGCAGCACAUACAACAAACUCAACGACAGAGUGGGUUCAAGGACGGUGCUGAGCUACUUGUACGUGUGUCCGACCAACAAACAGAAGAUAAUGAUGCUUAGCGACCCGGAGGUAGAGAGCGCUGUUCUCAUCAGCUCGGAUGAAGGGGCAAGCUUCGAGAAGUAUCCCAUUAGCUUCAACAUCCUGAGCCUGCUCUUCCACCCUGCACAGGAAAACUGGAUACUGGCGUACAGUCACGACAGCAAGCUCUACAGUUCAAUGGACUUCGGCAGGAAAUGGCAGCUCGUCCACGACAACGUGAUGCCCGGCCGCUUCUACUGGGCUGUAAUGGGUCUGGACAAAGAAUCGGACGUGGUCCACAUCGAGACGCGCAUCGCCAAAGGCCGUGCUCAGUAUGUGAAGUGCAGAGCCCAGCGGUGCACGGAGGGCAACAGGCAGUACCUGUUCCCCGGCCACGUGGACACCAACUCACUGGUUGUGCAAGACGAAUACGUUUUCACACAGGUAACCAAGUCUGGACGAGCCAGCUACUUUGUCUCCUACAUGAGAGAAUCCUUCAAGCGGAUGAAGUUGCCUAAGUACUGCCUACCGAAGGACAUGCAUAUCAUCAGCACAGAUGAGAAGCAGGUAUUUGCUGCAGUCCAGGAAUGGAAUCAGAACAACACUUACAGCCUGUACAUCUCCGACUCCCCCGGGGUCUACUUUACCCUUUCAUUAGAGAAUCUGAGAACCAGCAGAGGACCUGCCGGUAACCUACUGGUCGAUUUCUAUAAGGUUGAGGGGAUAAAUGGCAUGUUUCUCGCCAACAAACUGGUGGAUAAUCACAUCAAGACUUUUAUCACUUACAACAAGGGACAAACAUGGGCUCUGCUGCCAGCUCCCGCCACUGAUGUUGCUGGAAAUAACCUUCACUGCAUUCUGCCGUUUUGCUCACUGCAUCUGCAUCUGGAGAUGUUGGAGAAUCCCUACACAUCCGGGCCCAUCACCAGCAAGAAGUCUGUGCCGGGAAUCAUUGUGGCUACAGGGAAUAUCGGAGCAGAGCUGUCCUCCACUAACCUUGGGAUGUUUCUAACAUCUGAUGCAGGAAAUAGCUGGAGACAGAUAUUUGAUGAGGAGUACAACAUCUGGUUCCUGGACAAUGGAGGAGCUCUGCUGGCGGUGCUGCAGGCGGCGACGCCGAUCCGACACUUAUGGAUCAGUCUGGAUGAGGGGAAGAAAUGGGAUCGUCACAGCUUCUCGCUGGUGCCUCUGUAUGUGGAUGGAGUUUUAAUGGAGCCAGAAUCAGACAAUCACAUCAUCACCUUCUUCGGUCACUUCAGUCACCGGUCGGAGUGGCAGCUGAUCAAGAUCGACUACAAGGGCCUCUUCAGCCGGAGAUGCAUGGACGGAGAUUAUCAGACAUGGCAACUUCACAACAAGGGGGAGCUGUGUGUCAUGGGUGAGAAGCAGAUCUAUAUGAAGCGCAGGCCGGGCAACCGCUGCAUGUUGGCUCAGGACUAUUCCCGGAUUUACUCCUCAGAGCCCUGCGUCUGCACGGCCUAUGACUUUGAAUGUGAUUAUGGCUGGGAGCGCCAGGCAGAUGGAAAGUGCUCCCCUGCUUUUUGGUUUAAUCCAAAUGGUGCGGCUAAAAGCUGCAGCACCAGCCAAACUUUCCUUAACAGCACAGGCUAUCGGAAGGUUUUGUCCAAUAACUGCAAGGAGGGCGGGAGGAACGUGUUCUCCCCCAGGAGGCAGUCGUGCCGGCCCCGGGCGCCCCAGGGCCUCCGUCUGUCCACCAGCCAAGGAGAGCUCAGCGCGACCGUUGGCAGCAACGUGACCUUCAUGAUCUACCUGGACACUGGAGACUCGCAGAGGACCAGCAUCCAGCUGGACUUCGGGGACGGCAUCAAGAUCACAUACUCCAACCUGAGCCGGACGGAUGACGGCAUCAAGCACAUCUACAGAGCGACUGGGAUUUACCGAGUGACAGCCACCGCUGAAAACAACCAGGGAUCUGACAGCAGCACGCUGUUUUUACACAUCACUAGUCCACUGGAGCGCGUUUAUCUCUCGGCUCCCAUUGUAGCGAUCAGGGGGAAGGAGGCCAAUCUGACCGCUGUGGUGCGGCCGAGUCACACCACCACGCUGACCUUCUUCUGGUGGUUUGACAACAGCUCUGAGCCCGUUAUCACCUUGGAGGGAAGCAUCUCAUACACAUUUCUCAGAGGGGGACGAACCAAGGUCACCGUCCAGGUCGCCUCUGGGGGGGCCGUGCUGCAGGACUCAAAGGCUGUGACUGUGAAAGAGUUCUUCAGGUCGCUGCUGUUGUCGUUCUCGCCAGCGCUUGACGAGCACAAUCCUGACAUCCCCGAGUGGAGGGAGGACAUAGGCCGCAUGGUGCGGACAGCUCUGUCACAGGUGUCGGGGGUUCCUGGAGAUCAGCUGCUGGUGUCGCUGUACCCGGGCGUCCCCACCACGGCGGAGCUCUUCAUCCUGCCCGACGAGCGGACGUCAGGCGAAAACAAGCGAGGCGGAGAGGAGGCUCUGGAGACGAUAUCAGAUGUAUUUGUCACCGCCCUGAACCAAGGCUUGAUCCAGUUUGAGCUGAAAGCUGAUAUUCGGAUUAUCGUGUACAUGAUUCAGCAAACUUUAGCACCCCUUGUAGAUUCAAACUCCAUCCACAGCGGGUCGGUCAUGCUGAUGCUGCUCACCGUGGUGUUCGUUGGUGUAGCCGCGUUCUUCAUCUACAAGUUCAAAAGGAAAAUUCCUUGGAUCCAUGUUCAGACUGAGGACAAUCAUGAGAAAGACCCAGAAGUGAUCAGUACCGUCGGUCAGAACGACAGCAUGUCCAAGGUCAAGCUCAGCGAGUUCCCUUCUCCAAAAGAACUCAUGGAAAAGGAGCUGGAGGCCAGGAGCAGAGGUGCCAUUGGACGAAGCAUGGAGAGAAUUGUUACAAGGGAAUUUCCAAACUGUACUAAUGUGUAAGACUCUGUUUCAGAGUAAGUACAGAUUGUUGUGUUACAGUGCUAAAAUAGUUUGUUGGCAUCACUUUUAUUUAUCUCCUCAUUUAUUUCGCACUGAAACCCGCCGUCACUCAAAGGCAUGCUUUUCACCCGUGGAUAGAGUAAGUAUCUAGUUCCUCAUGCUUGAAGUCGGACUCCUGGGCCUCUAGUUGUGGAUUUGGCGGCGAGCCUGAGCGCCCGGCAGACGACCGGUCGUCCGAGAUCAUCGCCAGUGCUUUGAUCGCCGUGACGCCACGUCGCUCAUUAUGAAUAUUCAGCUGAUGUGACCCAUCAAUCAUCCACGAGACGCCAGUCAUCAUCAUCACUGUGGUUCUUUAUUAGCAAAUGUAAAGAUCAGAGGCGAGAACCAAAUAUAUACAUUCACUAUGACUGACAAAAGCGUGAAGCCGUGGUCAAUACAAAAGAAAGAAUGUAGAGGUUUACUUUUAAUAAGUUUGAUAAAGUCACUUAAACUUAGCCUGAAUGACAGAAUUAUCACGACUCAUUCUGAGGAUAUUCAGGAAUAUUGCGCUCGUAUUAUGCAGGUCUAAAAAUGAUGGACUAAUGUGAUGUACGGCCAUAAAAGCCGUCUACCACGCGCUGAUGAUGUUUCCCUUUUGGCCUAAUGUUUCCCUGCACCACACAAAUUGAACUAGCGGGCUAUAAAGUUUCGCCAAGUGUAACCUGUUUAUGUUUCAACUUGAAUGAAUAAAUGCGAGCAGAAACAUCAAAGAGUCGUGUGUCGAGGCAGAACACGUCGCCCUGCCUCCAACUGAACGCGGGCUAAUUAACGGGCUCUAAACCCCGCGCCGCCCGACAACUAGAGGCCCCUGAGUUGCGAAUCCGAGAACUGUCAAAAGCCGCGAAGUUGUGGAGGCUGAGAAGGAAAACGCUGCUCUCCAGGAUGUUUCUUAGACGACGGGGCACGACAGUUACGGCGCGUGGAUGAGACGUGGGAGCACAGAGAGCAUGUACAGUACACACAGAAGGCGAUGGAAUGUAAAUCUAUACAGAAGCUACGUGAUGUAAAGUCAGUAGGACGUCCCAUGACUUUCACUCGCACAACAAACUCUUCUUUUUAUUACAGUAUUUUCUACAGUAGAAUGCCCUAAUUACCUGUGAUAAAAGAUUUAAGACUGUAUUAGGGUGAGCAAGUACUGUGUGUAUAUACGGUAUAUAUAUAUAAAUAUAUAUACAUAUACAUGUCAUGGUGAUUUUAAACUUUACUUGACACAUUAAACAAAUGAUUAAACACCUGUCUAAUAGCCUAGUUGUGCAUUUGCCCAGAGUUGUGCAUGAUCUAUGAUGCUGUUCCUUUUGUCAGAUAUAAACACCGUCUUGUUUUAACUCAUAUUUCUUACUGUGAACAAAUUGCCAUUUUGAAUCUGUUCAAAAUAAAUGUAUUUUUAUAUGGA